UAGAAGAAGGGGAUAAUGGAUUUGGGUUCGGGGGAUGGCGGGCCAGGGUUGCCAUCGACAGAUGACUUCGAAUCCCUGAUUUCGACUACUGACGCGGAGCUGAUGAAGCGAGCUUGGCGGAACGAGAAGGGUGUUCCCGAAAUUCUUCAAUUUGAGGCUGCUCUUGUCCAGAGAUCCCGGGAACAGAUCCAGUUGAUGGAGGAAACAAUGGAGGAAUACACAAAAAGUGGUGUUGAUCCACUCACAGUAUCGCUUUACCAGAUGGACCUGGACAGAACUAUGUUUCUACUAAGAUCAUAUCUGAGAACUCGUCUCCAAAAGAUAGAAAAGUAUGUGUUUCACAUCCAAAGAAGUGAUGAAUUUUGGAACCGUUUAUCUAAACAAGAACAAGAAUUUGCUCAAAGGUGUUGUAACAAUGUACAGACACAUUUUGAACAGUCUGUGCUGUCAAAAUUGCCUCCAAGUUUCAAGUCUCAUUUGAAGCAAUCUUUCGUAAGUGAGCAGGAUGACAUGGUCCCAGAGCCACGGCUGGAGCAUUAUGUGAUUUGCAGGAGCAAGAGGUUUUUGGGAGCUUUUCAGCUGGACGACAGCGGGGAGGAUCCUGUAAGCAUUGAAGCGAACGAUUUAUAUGCUUUGCCUUACAAGUCUGUAAAGCCGCUGAUUGAGAAUGGGCAGAUAGAUAUUGUAUGAGCAUUUCAGAGCAGAGCUUUAAUUUGCUGUAAGUAAAUUAUAUGGAGUAUUUGGUUGAGUUUUUCCACUCC